UUGGUCUGACUCGGCUAGGCUAAUAGUAUAGCUAACUUCCUUACGGUAUUUCUGACAGAAGCGCAUGCUCCAGUUGUGUACGUAACUACGCACUUAUCCAACCAAGAAAGACAUUCGCAGAAGAAGGGAUAUGAAUAUGAUCUGCACGCCAGCUUACCCUUAAGAAGGACAGGCCUGCGAACAGAGUUGUCUGACCCAGAAUCUGAACAGCGCCACAGCGAGAAAAAUGGACACGAGAGCCUUAAAGAAUCCGUAUAGGGAUUACGAUGGGACACCAGCCUGCACACAGCACCUGUUCGACUCUCAGGGCAAACUGACUGAGGAGUUUGCUGGACGUGUGCGCAAUAAGAUCAGCGAGCUGCUCUCCCUGAUGGAGAAUGGCCUCCGGUCAGCUGACCCCAGGGACUGCAGUGGCUACACUGGAUGGACGGGCAUCGCCCUGCUAUACCUGCACCUGGCUGACGUUUUCGGGGAGUCCUCCUUCCUGCAGAGGGCGCUGGACUACGUGAGCCGCGCCCUGCAGUGCCUGACGCGGCGCUGGGUGACCUUCCUGUGCGGCGACGCGGGCCCGCUGGCGGUGGCCGCCGUGGUCUACCACCGGCUGCAGAGGACCCAGGAGGCCGAGGACUGCCUGAGAAGGCUCCUCCAGCUCCACCAAUCGGUGGUCAGGGGGGAGGAGAGCCUGCCGGACGAGUUGCUGUACGGCCGCAUUGGCUACCUCUCCUCCCUGUCCUUCGUCAACCAGCAGUUUGGACAGGAGAAGAUUCCCAUGCAGCUGAUCCAGGAGAUCUGCGAGGCCAUCUUGGCCUCUGGGGAGAGACUGUCGAAGAAACGCAGGUACCAGGAUAAGACCCCCCUCUUCUACGAGUGGUACCAGGAGUACUACGUGGGGGCUGCCCACGGCCUAUCCGGAAUCUACUACUUCCUCAUGCAGCCAGGUUUCGGGGUGGGCGAGGACAGGCUGGAGAGGGUGGUGAAGCCCAGCGUGGACUUCGUGCGCCAGAUCAAGUUCCCCUCGGGCAACUACCCGCCGUGCGUGGGCGACUCCCGCGACCUGCUGGUUCACUGGUGCCACGGCGCCCCCGGUGUCGUCUACAUGCUACUGCAGGCUCACAGGGUGUUUGGGGAGGACCAGUACCUGUCGGACGCGCUGCAGUGCGGGGAGGUCAUCUGGAGGUGGGGUCUGCUGAAGAAGGGCUACGGCCUGUGCCACGGCGCCGCCGGCAACGCGUACGGCUUCCUGGCCCUGUACAAGCACACCGGCGCCCCCCAGCACCUGUACCGGGCCUGCAAGUUUGCAGAGUGGUGCAUGGACUACGGCAAACAUGGCUGCCGGACCCCGGACACGCCCUUCUCUCUCUUUGAAGGCAUGGCUGGCACCAUCUACUUCCUGGCCGAUCUUCUGCAGCCCCUGAGGUCAAAGUUCCCGGCUUUUGAGAUGUAAAGCCAACCCAGAAGCGCGCUGUCCCCAGCAUGCACUUCUCUCGGUGGAACGCCCCUCCGUUCCACCACAGGGAGGGGCAGCUGUGAGGCUCCUCCCCCCGGCGUGGGGGGGUGGGGCUAUGUCGUUUAGCAUUAAGAGUCCGCCGCAUGGCUUUCUGGUGCACUACAGUGCUGUCUGAGUGGGGUGUCCCUGCCGCUGUGUCAUUCAUAACACUGAAAACAGUGGCCUGUCCAUGCACUGCAUGUAAACCUUCAUGUUUUAGAGCUACUGCUAACAAAGCCAUAGCAGUGUUGUGUGGAUACGCUGUACGUUGUCCUGGACCAAGGGUGUCCGUCUAAAGAUGACAGUGGGUAUGAAAAGAGAUUAUUCAGGUAGUGGGAAAUACAAAACUGGUUUAAGGUUAGCUUUACAUUUUAUGGUAAAUUGAUGGGUUUUUUUUUUUUUUUUUAAACCCAGGAAAUGGAGAAUAAUUAUUUAUAUGCAGUGGAAGGUAGGCUGUCAAGGUAAAGGUUGUUUGAGAUUAAUUGACAUUUGUAAAUAAGAAAAAAUAUUAUGAUGUAGAUUGCACUGCUAUUAGUUUGCUCAAAAGUGACUUUCCCUUGGCAUCUUGUGUGCACAAUAUUUGUAGAUUUUUAUUUUUCAGUUUAUAUAACCAUUCCGCAUAAAACUGAGUUGCAUUUAAUACGAAAUCUCCACUAAUAAAAGCUCUUGACAUUGUGAUCCUCACUUGAAAUUUUACUGAAAAAAAAAACCUUCAGCAUGAAUUUCUUCAUUAAACAAAAAAAGAAAGAAAAUUGGAAAACCUUCACACCUCUCGCCUCCUUGGGCCUACACACAACAGGGGUGUAGCCCCAGGUUGCCUAUAUAAAGGUCUGGAUGGGCAGGUCAAUGUCCUUCAUAUGGUUGAGCCUAUACACCCACCACUAGAAUAUUUUCACACAUUUUGUUGGUUGUAAGACUCGGUUCAGCUAUGUAGAUCUGUGAGUUGCUGGAAUUAAUGCUUUAUUCAGUAAAAUAUGUGUGAACUUCUGCUAUGGUUAAGACCGGUGUUAGUUUCCUAUAAGCAGCAUAUUUGAUCCAUUUUUUAUAUAUGUUUCCAAUAAUGUUUACGUUCAGAAUGCAUGGCUAUGUAACCUUUUUUUCUGUGCAUAAAUAUUAGACGGGUUUGCUUUUUAUGUUACUGCAGUGAUGCUUUUAUAAGGUGAACGCAGUAGAUAGACUGUAAGUGCACCCCACUCUGCUUUGUACUUUAGUUUGUGUUUCUUCUUCAUCUGAUUUCUACGGUUUCUCUUUUGCUUCCCUGCUCCGCCAGCUCAGCAAUAAAAUGGUGUUCUGCCCUCUUGA